UCGUACUUGUCACAUCUUCGUAGUUAAACGUGCAAAAAUGAAGCGUCCACGAUCCGCCAGUGGCAGCAGCAGCAGCAAACGGGCUCAUGUGGACGAAGUUCCAUUCCCUGAUUUCUUCCAUCAAAUCUUGUCUGAUCUAGACAAGCAGCUCGAUAUGGAGAGGGCCCAAGCGAAGCUCGAAUAUGCUCCUAAUUCAGCACACAGGGAGAGGUGUACCACCCAACGCGUUCAAGGACGCGGCGUUCAAACGGCGUCCGCCCCACAGGACACUCAGUCCAAAGAGGAGGAGAAACAGAUCAAUCUGCCUGACUGGUUUGAGAACCUAUUUGAUUUUGGCAAUGAGUUGCUCAAGCCAUGCAGUCAGAGCGGGGAAGGUGUGUCACACGGUGUAGGCCGUGUACCUAGAGCGGGGGCGGCACUCUGUCGAACCGAUCCGCAAAGACACGCCGCGCCUUGCAUAGCCCCUGUUAAGGCUUCACGGGAGGCGGAUGCAGAAAACGCGCAAGCUCCGCCCCCAGCGCUGCCGCAACCGCUCUGGCGUCCUGGCGCAACUCAACCGAUUGGCCGCUAAGAACAACAACACCGGGUCGCCGCGCUACAGGCGGGUAGAGGCAGCAGCAGAGCAGCUCGUCAACUCCGACUCAAAGAAACGCCUCGGCGCUUGUCGGUGACGUCACGUCAGCUAGGCACGGCGAACGCCAGGUCUGUUGCAGGCAGAAACACCUGGGCGUGCUUAUCUAUAUAAAUUUCUUAUUUUUGGACAAAAUGUUUAAUAUUGUUUUGGAUUGUGCAGUUUUAUUUAGAUGAAAGAUUUUCUUACUGUCGUAAAGCUACAAAUGAAGAUAAUAGUUCUGUAUUACUGAAUCCUGUCGAAACAAACGUAGAUCAAUAUGAGAAGAUGCUUUGCCCCACUGUAAGCUUCGAAAAUUUUACAUUGAAGUGACUAUAUUUACUUGAUCCAUUUUGUGAUAUAAACUUACCCCAACCCCCUUACAAUUAACUUGUUUCUUUUAUUUUAUUAUUUAUUUUCGUGUGACAUCAACACUGGAAAUGUGAACUAAUUUACAUGUGUAAAUGUCCAACUGUCAUUAGAUUACAGUCGUUUUCAACGAAAGGAAUUCUGAACAGGAAACAAAAUAGCUUCAUAAAUCGAAAAUACUGCUGAGCUUAAACUUUUUUGAACAUGCAGAUUAUAAAAGACAAAUAUUCCCCUCUUUCAACUGAAAGGAGAAACUUUAUAAGAUAAAAAAGAAAUUUAUUUGAUAAAACAAGUAUCUCUCUUUUGCCUCUUCUUCUGUCCCCCACCCCCCAACGUGUACAAUCGCAAGAUAUUUCAUUAACAUUCAGUGCUCCUCACCCCAUAGCCAGCCACGAUACCUAAAGAAGAGCACCAAUAUGUUCGCAGUUUCUUGUAAAAGCAACCCAGUACAAACGUAACUUCCUCAGAUUUACAAAUAAGGUGAAGAAGCACGAAUUCUGUUGCUGUUGGACCAUGAAGUUGUUAUUGUAUGUCAGUCAUUAAAACAGGUGGAAAUUUAAGUUUAGGAGUUCACUAUUUGUUAAGAAGUGUAAUGAAUUGCGCAAUUCAUUGAUUGCAGAAAUCUCUCAGACCAAUGUGUGUUGGUCAACUACCGCCAAUAGUUUCACAUUUUCCUGUGCCAGAGAGGGAGACACAACCAUUAUGAGUAUGCCUGCAACAGACCUGGCGUUCGCCGUGCCUAGCUGACGUGACGUCACGAACAAGCGCCGAGGCCUUCCUUUGAGGCGAGGUUGAGCGUGCCUGGCGUCGCCACAGUUUGGCCAUUCAAGCCGGCGGCCCCUCCUCCUCCUCCUCCUCCGGAAGCAGCUCGCCGCCGCCGCCCACGCAAGGUAUGGGUUCCGAGAUGUAUACCUGUCCCCCCAACUCAUGAUCACGAUGCCCCAUCACCGGUCAAUUCAUCUACCGGGUGGACUCUUAGUUGUAGUAAUAGUAGUAAUAGUAAUUUUCCUGUGGCCAGCAGUAGUUCUCUCCCCCGUCCUAUCGAUAAUGAAUUGGAUCAGAAUAACGGCGUAAUGACCCCAUUAGAAUACUCAGCAGUUGCUAGGGCUUUUGAGGAGCGAAUGUCUUUCACCAAAUUGAGAAUCCGGGCGGGAGGUAUCGCGAUCGUGUAAGGUUUUUGGAGGCGUGCCACCCGUCUCGGAGACCGAGCUCCUCAAAGUCUUAGAAGAUCUGGCAUUUAAUGUCAUUAAAUCCAGUGCAGAAUUAUGCUGUGAAUUGAGUCUCCCCCCCC